GCUCGAACGCGACUCAGUCGAAAAUUUGAAUCCGGUACGCGCGGACGUGACUCGGAUGGUGGAAGGAAACCCAGACCGCAAACGAAACCGCAACCAGAAGUCAAUUUUACGCGUUUAUAUCUGAAAAGGACUUGUGCUGAAGAGGCGGGAGUCAGGAAAACAAAAUGUGACAACAGAAACGAAGAAAAAAGUUAAUGGAAAGUGGCGAAGAAAGAAAAGAAGAAUUAAGACAAAGUUAAACCACUUGAUGUCCUCUUGGGUGUCCUGUGUCCCGUGUCCCGUGUCCUGCAGUGCCGCCUGUCGAGUGUCUUUUCCCGAAAUCACUUUUAAAAUUUGUUUGCUCCCGCCUUAUGCAAAUGGAUAUUAGAAUGCCGCGCUGAACUGCGAAGCCGAGGAGCAAAAACAGGACCGAAGAAAACAGAGGAUUUCUCCAAGGACGCGUAACGUAAAAAAAGGGAUUAUUGUGCAUCAUUUUGGGCAGCAAGAAUAAUGCCACGGAGGGCGAAAUAAAAAAUAUUCUCAAGUCGGAUUAUGCGAUAAAUUGUUACUGAAGUGUAAAUGUUUUCUCACGUGUUAAAUCAUUAAAUAUAAGCCACCCAAGGAGCUGCACACAAUUCGUUUAGAGCCCGGCCAUAUGGCCAUUGUUACCUUUUACCACCGACCUAAAACUCAAAGAAAGCCCAUCGAAAGGCAAUGUGAAACUUGUUAAACACUAUAAAUGGUCGAAGUUUUUAAGGUUUUUUUUGUGCGAAAACUUUUGCCCAUUAGUCAUCGAGAACAUUGUGUGAUAGUUCUGCAUGAAAGCCGUGCAAGUUAUUAACUUUUAAGAAAGUGAGCCGGGAACCAAGGAAAAGGAAAUUCUAUGUAAUUAAUUGCAAAACGAUUAUGAAAGUUUAAGUGGAAAUAAGUUGAUUUAUAUUUCUUGGCAAGUUCGAGCACUUGACUCUUCCAUUGAUUGAGCUGUUGAAGUAAAAGUGCAAGAUGUAGAAAUAUGUUUUAAAAAGUUUCAUUACCAUGCAGAAGUGUUAAUUCUGUUCAGAUUAAAUUUUUUAAAAAUACCAUUCUUAAUGGUAAGGUUAAAUUGAAUUCUCCUUGUGCUUUUACAACUCAAUUAAAUGGUAUUCCAAAACCACUGCUGUAAUCACAAUAAAAUCGUAUGCAAACAACAUUUUAGGUAAAUGUAUUUAUUAGGGAUUAAACGGAUUUGUGCUGUUCAACAAAAUAAGUUUUGGAAGAGACCAAAAAGCUAAAUAAACAAAUUGGAUUACCAUGGAAUAAAGUCAAGUUCCGAUGCCAGUUUAUUUGUCUAUGUUGGUGCCACUGCAUCGCCAAUAAAAGUUUGCCACUCAACAAAGGCGAAAACACUUAAAUAAAUAUAUAAAUCAAGCAACACAAAAAUUGUGCAAAACGAGUGCAGAGACCGAGUAAGCCAACAAUGGGUUUGCAGGAAAAUCGCUUGAGAAAACGCAUCGAAAAACUUGUGGCCGACCCAUAAAGAAGAGUUGCAAUUUUUUGUCGAAAGCUAGAAAUAAAAUCAAAUGAAAUAAAAUAAAAUGAAACAGUAUAGAGGUUAGAUAGAACCCAAAUGGAGGCAAGCCAGGACCCAAGCCAGCCCCAAGUGUAUUAAUUCAAUAAACCUAUUUAUCUGAGACUUCGGCUGGGAUUUCGAGAACGGAGCAGAGAAUGCGACAAAGUUUGGCAGCCAAGACGGCGCAGUGCAAUCAGCAGAUCCUGUCUGUCCUGGUCCUAGCCCUGGCCUUGGUCCCAAGGAGCACGAGAAGCCAGAUUCGAUGCCGCAAACGAGUCCCAAUUGGAGGCAGGCGGACAAUGAGCGCACAAAAGGCGCUGUAAGUGUCAUUGCAGCCAGGAACUGGGCCACUGGGACUGCCACGCAGGACUGGAGCCAGAAGAGCAGCAGUAGCUGGAGCAGCACCAGUCGAAGAACCGGAAUCAGCAGAACCAGGACCCGGCCAGCCACGUUGACAACCGAGAUGACAGUGGCAGGACGAGCAGAACGAGCAGGAGUAGGAGCGCCGUGGUGUCGCCGAUUUUUCCACACAUCCCCACCAGCGUCUUGGCUGCGCAUCAGCUUCGUCCUUUUGGUCCUUCCAGCUCUCGGCUUUGGGAUACAAGUAGUCACCUGCAGCAAUCCGGAACUGGGAGCAAGUGCUCCAGAUCCAGUGGAUUUAACACGGGGAGGGAAAAGCACUGAGGGACAGCUUACGACGGCCACAAGAUCCACUCUGCCAGAUAGUCCAAUGACAACACAAAACGAUCUAAUUACGACAGCCAGCAACUUAGCGACAGCAAAAAAGCCAGCCACAGCAGCCUCAGAGGCAGUAGAUACGGCAGAAAUAGCAGAAACAGCACCACCGACAGAGGCAACCAGCUCAUGGAGCUCCACGGCCGUAGCCCGGGGCAUGUCAUCAGCAGAUGGAGCAGGGGAGGCGAUAGCAACCAGCCAGUCAGCACAAAUUGGGCUAACUACUCAGGCCACAGUACGGCAAACAGAAGCGCAGACAGCAUCAGCAGCGACACAAGCCGCAGCAGCAACAUCAGCAGCAAUAGCAUCAGCAUCAGCAGCAGCAGCAGCAGCAACAGAGACCGCAGCAGAGAUGCUCAUAUCAACAAUUUAUCCAGCAUCAACGGAAACGGAUGUGCACAACUCCAUUGAGCGCGUAGAGGGGCGAAGUGGAAAGAUGGCGAAUGCGGUGCAUCCGGGUGUCGCUGAUUCAUUGACCAAGGGCUUCUCCAUUCCGACCUUCCUGCCGCCAUUUCCCGUUUUCGCGGCCGCGGAUUUGCCAGCUUACCGCGCCGCUGCUGAUGCAGCCGAGGCGGCCAAGUUGGCGGCAGAGGCGGCAGCCCAGGCAGCGGCCGCCAAAACAUCCUCGGAAGCGGUGACAAUGUCGCCGGAGGAGCAGCGCCGUCAAAUGUUUAAUGAGCAGCACUCCUACCUGGCCGCCCACCGCGAUGGCAGCGAGGGGGCGGGGUCGGCGGUGCGGCGCAACCUGACAAUGCCCGUGCUAAACAUCACCGCCCAGAUGGGAAACCACGCCUACAUGCCGUGCCAGAUACAUCGAUUGUCGGAUAAACCCGUUUCAUGGGUGCGCAUGCGCGAUAACCACAUAAUCAGCGUGGACGAGACCACCUUUAUAGCGGACGAGCGAUUCCAAUCGAUAUAUCAGGAGGAUCACGACUACACCUGGUCCCUGCAGAUCAAGUACGUGGAGCCAAGCGAUGCCGGAUGGUACGAGUGCCAGAUGGCAACGGAGCCAAAGCUGAGUGCCAAAGUCCACCUGCAAAUAGUCAAACCCAAGACUGAGCUGAUUGGGGAUCAGAGCCGCUUCGUGAAGGCGGGCAGCAAGGUGGCGCUGCACUGCAUCGUACGGGGCACCUUGGAUCCGCCCAAGUACAUAAUCUGGUUCCGGGGCCAGAAGAAGAUUAGCGAUAGUGACGAGCAAACUGGCUGGUACACGCAGCUAGAUCGGAAUAUAUUUGGAACCGUGGGCGAUAAUCAGAACACGAUCGGCUCAUUAAUUAUACCGCUCGUGCGGAAGGAGGAUUCCGGCAAUUAUACGUGCCAGCCGUCGAACAGCGUCUCCGUGUCCGUGGACCUGCACGUGCUAAGCGGUGAAUAUUCCGCAUCGGCCAUCAUGUCAACGGCGGCAAGGACGACGAAAGGCGGGAGGAGCACGUGCCAUUCGACGCUGGGACUCCUGGGAAUUCUUGGACUCCUAUGGGCGAUGCAGGGAGCGAUGCACACACCACCGACCCAGACGUGACUCGCCUAUUGAACGCCUGGUCGUGGCGUCCGACUUCCAAUUAUUUGUAAGCUUUUGCGCCAUCUGCAGUUACGUAAUUUAGGUUAGAGAUUAAUUAAAGGCGGCCUUGUAAAUAGCGGAGAUGACAACAGGGGCAGAAGGUGGAGCAGGAGCAGAGCAGGAGCAGGAGCUGGAGUCCUGUCGAAACUGAAUUGACGGUUCUGUAAUUAGGUUAAACGUUGCCAUAACUCUCAUGUCUGUGUGUCUCACAUUAUCCCCGUACCAUACUGCAUUCAAUCUAAUGUAAAAUUCAAUUUAAGCAGACCCCAUUUCAAGUUGUGAAAUCGAAUCAAUAAUUAGAUUAUUGUCGGAGAGAAAUAUUAUUAAAUGAAAAUAAUAAAACUGAAUCAUAAAAAUCCAUCAUAAAUAACAGGCAUUCAAUAAAUCAUGUGAAACUUUA